AUGGCACCUUCUCUCGUCUCUGCAGUGCUCAAGGGCUCUGCCCUCCUGGCUGCAGUCAAUGCCCAGAACUUCGCUGGUAGCGGCCGUGACGAAGAUGCGUUUGAGUACGUACAGCCGGUCAACACUACUAUCUUGACCGAGUAUGGUUCCUCACCACCUGUUUACCCUUCGCCAAACAUCACUGGCGCUGGUGGCUGGGAGAUGGGCCUUGAGAAGGCGAAAGCUUUCGUAGCCCAGCUCACUGUUGAGGAGAAGGCCGACAUGGUCACUGGUCAAGCCGGACCUUGCGUUGGCAACAUCGUUGCUAUCCCUCGCCUUGGCUUCCCUGGUCUGUGUCUUCAGGAUGGACCUCUUGGAAUCCGUGUUGCCGACUACGCCAGCGUCUUCUCUGCUGGUGUAUCUGCCGGAGCUACAUGGGACAAAGACAUCAUGUACGAGCGUGGUCACGCCAUGGGUAGUGAGUUCAAGGCCAAGGGCUCUCAGAUCUUCUUGGGCCCUGUCGCCGGUCCUCUUGGACGUUCCGCCUACGCAGGCCGCAACUGGGAAGGAUUCUCCUCCGACCCUUACCUCAGCGGUGUAGCUAUGGAGAAGACCAUCACCGGUGUUCAGGACGCGGGUGUGCAAGCCUGCGCAAAGCACUGGGUUGGCAACGAGCAGGAAAUUCUCCGCAAUCCCCUCUACGAGAACGAGAACGACAACACAGAGGCAACUACUGCAGCUCUCUCAUCCAACAUCGAUGACCGUACCAUGCACGAGCUCUACAUGUGGCCUUUCGCCAACGCAGCCAAGGCCCGUGCCGCCAGCUUCAUGUGCUCAUACCAGAGGAUCAACGGAUCUUACGGAUGCCAGAACUCUGCCUCACAAAACGGUCUGCUCAAGACUGAGCUUGGUUUCCAAGGAUACGUUAUGUCUGAUUGGGGUGCCACCCACACCGGUGUCGCUGCCAUCGAGGCCGGUCUUGACAUGAACAUGCCUGGUGGACUUGGUGCCUACGGUCUGAACUUUGGCACCCCCUCUUACUUUGGUGGCAACAUCACUCUUGCUGUCAACAACGGCAGUCUCGACAUGUCCCGUGUCGACGACAUGGUUAUGCGUAUCAUGACCCCUUACUUCCAGCUCGGCCAAGAUCAGGACUUCCCCUCCGCCGACCCCUCAGGUGCUGACCUCAACACCUUCUCGCCCCGCAGCACGUGGACCCGCGAGUACAACCUCACUGGCGAAGUUAGCCGUGAUGUCCGUGGCAACCACGGUGAGCUGAUCCGCCGACACGGUGCCGCCGGCAGCGUUCUCCUUAAGAACGUUGACCGUACCCUGCCCCUCAAGGCUCCUCGCAACGUCGCCGUCUUCGGUAACGAUGCAGGCGAGCCAGUCCGCAGCUCCGUCCUCAACCAGCAGAACUACGAGUACGGCAGUCUCCUCGCUGGUGGUGGCUCUGGUACCGGUCAAUUCACCUACAUGAUCACCCCUCUCCGUGCCAUUCAGGACCGCGUCGCUGCUGAUGGUGGUAUCACCCAGUCCUUCCUCAACAACACUCACAUCAUCUCCAACAACGUCAGCCAGCUUGUCAUUCCCCGCUCCAUCCCCGAUGUCUGCAUUGUCAUGCUCAAGACUUGGGCUGAGGAGGGUGCUGACCGUGCUCAUCUCUCAAACGACUGGGAUGGUGAUGAGGUUGUCGAGUCUGUUGCUUCUUUCUGCAACAACACUGUCGUCGUUACUCACUCUGCUGGUGUCAACACCCUCCCAUGGUCUGACCACCCCAACGUUACCGCUAUCCUCGCUGCCCACUUCCCUGGCCAGGAGUCUGGAAACUCGCUCGUCGACAUUCUCUACGGACACGUCAACCCUUCUGGUCACCUUCCUUACACUAUUGCCAACAACGGCUCUGACUGGAACGCCCCUCCCACCACUGCUAUCAACACCACUGGAUACGCUGACUGGCAGAGCUGGUUCGACGAGAAGCUCGAGAUUGACUACCGCCACUUCGACCUCAAGAACAUGUCUGUCCGCUACGAAUUCGGUUUCGGUCUCUCAUACACCACCUUUGAGAUCUCCGACAUUGAGUCUUCCCCUCUUGAGCACAACAUCACUUCCCACCCUGAGCAGCUCCCCAUCCAGCCCGGUGGUAACCCCGCUCUCUGGGAGGGUCUCUACAACGUCACUGUUUCUGUUGCCAACACUGGUGACGUUGCCGGUGCCACUGUCCCUCAGCUUUACGUCGGCCUUCCCUCUUCCGCACCUGCUGGCACACCCAUCCGUCAGCUCCGCGGUUUCGAGAAGGUCUACCUUGAGGAGGGUGAGAGCCAGAAGGUUUCCUUUGAGCUUCAGCGCAGGGACUUGAGCUACUGGGACAUUGUCAGCCAGCAGUGGGUUAUCCCUGAGGGCGAGUUCACCAUCUGGGUUGGUCUCAGCAGCCGUGACCUGAAGGUUCAGGACAGCUUCACUGUUGUCAGCCAGUAG